GGUACCAGCUUGUACCGCAGUACGGCGGCAGUUAUGUCGCUUUUCCUUGAUUUUCCAUGCUUAUUGUCCGGGUGUUCAAAAGUGAUCUCAGCAGCGUGGUGCGUUGUAGAGCCCAUCUGUGCAUUCUCAACAAAUGACCACUGUAUUUCAUUCUACCUGGAAGAGGGUGUGUCUUUGGAGCGAUGUCGAAUCCUUCGCAAGAGCGAUGCGACGGCGAUUGCUUGGCACCCGACAGCCAAAGUAAUUGCUGCCGGAUGGGGAGAUGGCAGCAUCUCUGUAUGGGAUUUAUCACCUUUGUCAUCAUCCGAAGUUAGUCCCCGUGAUCUGGCUGAUACGCUAUCAAGCACUUGUAUAUUUACUGAUUCGAGUGGGCAAGCGCCUAUUCGUACAGUUAUGUGGAACCCGUCGGCGACACGACUCGUUUCUGCGAAUAACUCUGGUGCGAUCUUAAUAUGGAAGGUAAAAACUUUAAUACUGCUACCUCUUAAUCCUGGGGGGAUGUUGAUCAGGCGGAUAACCGUGGAGGCCUUUCUCUCUUUAAAGGCAUCUCCAUUGGAUCGGGGGUUACCUGCGCCGCGCAAAGCCAGCGCGGGCUCUGUCAUGUCAAGCGGGUUUCAUUUUUUCUAUUGCAAUCAUAGGUCUUUACACCGUUGAGCCUGGGCUUGGCACUACUCUGUGUUAAUCGGCAGUGCAUAACUCCGUAGCAUAUAUUGAUAGGUCCAGACAGAUGCACUUGCACAAGGACUGUCGUCUUCAUUAUUCCUUGGAACACGCCGGGGCUCUGUGCAUUACAUAGACGACUUGGGGCGAGUAAGCGAAGUGCAGACACUUGGCGCAUACAUCGACCAUAUGCUCUUUUUCGAAAAGAAAUCACGUCUUGUUGUUUUGACACGCACAUUUAUACUGGCCCAACUUGAAAUACGUAGUGACUGCAAGGUGGUUCCCAUAAUGAAAAUGAAAGUUUCAGUUGCUGGUGGCUCACCAGAACGUGGUAUAAAGCACGUCUGUUGGGCGGGACCGGGAAUUAUUGCUGCUGCUACCGGAGAGGUUCCAGAGCGCUCUGGCCUGUCGGUGUCUAAAUUUAACAGGAGCCAUGCUAUCUUGUGCAAAUAGGCAUUGAUAAGACUCUGGAAUCUUCUGAGUGACGAAACAUAUAUUGUGACACUAUCUUCAGUAGGCUUGGGGCUCGAUUCGCGUGUGUCGUCAGUGGCCUUCAAUCCAUUGCAAAGAUUUCUUGCUGCGGGUACAGAAGAUGGUAGCAUCGCUAUGUGGCGUUUUGUGGGUAAGUACCAGCAUAUGUGCUGCGAUAAUGGAAAGAACACAGGGACCACCGUAAAUGUAUACACUUUUGUGGUAAAUUUUACGCAUGUUAAUAUAGGCAAAUGACUGGGAAGCGAUGCCGUCAUCAACGGCAUGUGGAGGCAAUUCAUCCAUCGAUUUGCUUGCAUGGGGACCCGGCCAAGGCCUACUUGUAGCUGCCGCUCCUAAUGGACAAGCCUCUCUUCUUUCCGAGACCGUGCUUCACCGACUUCUUUGCUGCGAUGUUGGAGCCAUUCAGCUCUCAACUGACAGUGUCAGACUCGAAAGGCAAAGCGGUGCUAGCGCAUUGUUGGCUGCCGAUAUAUCCAUCCGAGGUCUUGCUGUAUCUUCUAGACACGAAAGACACGGCGUCAUUUUGAGCUUUCCCUCUAUCCCGCCUCUCCUGUCUUGCUUAUGCUUGCUUACGGGUAAUUUAUAGGUUUUGGUCUGGAACGGCCAGAAGGCACAGGUGUUUGAAUGGUCUUAUGAUAUGGGAGACAACAAACCGCUGCCAAUUGCAAAAUUUUCGUCUACAGCACGCGCCAUGGCUCUCCGUGAUGAGACAAUAUAUCGUGCAUCGAAUAAUGUAGUCGAGCUUUGCAACCUAAAUGGUAUUGUGCGCCAGAAAAUGACAUUUUCUGAAGGCGAGGGUUCUCCUACUCAUCUUGAUGUCAACGGUCAGUUCCUUGCUGUUGCGACAGAUACAGGUCUUAUCAAAUUAUUCAAAGUGACCCGCCGUGAGCCGAAACAACUUGGCUCUCCAGGCCAUUUUAAUCUCUGGGCACAUGCACAGAACCUUGUCCCUUCCAUUUCAAUUUCUACUGAGUCGCAAAGAAUCCACUGCAAAACAUCACAAGGGCACCAAGCCACACAAACUCAGGAGAAAUCAAAAGGUAACGCCAUUCGUUCUAUUCGCUGUAAUUCUGAUGGUACACGUGUUUCUAUCAUUGCUGAUCAUGUGCGUUAGCGAGUGGAUUAGAGCUAAUUCAAUGUCGCGUGAAUAAUUUCUACAUGAUACAACCUUAGGUAUAUGGCAAAUCUGUCCGGAUUCGAGAACCCGACUCACGUUUACACGUAUAUGACUCAGAAAGGGAUAUUGUUGACUCUUAUGAUUUUUUUGAGCUGCAGCAUUUCCCAACUUCUCAUUUUUGGGAUCCGCUUGAACCCAAAUUACUGACUUGUGAGACACGGCAAGCACGAAAAGUGCCGAUUGUACUUGGGGAUUAUGGAGUCAACAAACUAAGUCAACCGCAUUUAUUGGCUCAGAGCAUGGUCUCGGGUUCACUUGAACCAACAGAGUCCCGGCAUGGCAUAGCAAGCGACCUCACACAGAACGUUCGAGGGAACUCUAGCUCAGGCGUGCAAGUUAUGACCUUGUUUGUGACAGCUGAGUAUGGAAUGCUGCUUCAGGAUGCUUUCCCCUUAGAGCCACCCCUAGAAGCUCUUCUAGGGGUUCAAGUGCCUCAGCUGUUCUUUACCCGCUGCAGUACCAGAGGUACUAAAACAGAUUUUGACGGCAGUCUUGGCAAUAGUGAUGAUGGAGACAAUGAUACAUCCAACUUGAGGUGUGUCGCGCUAUGUAGUCGCGUGAUGCGAGACUUUGUUGGUCUUGAUGACGCUGACAAUAAAACACGCUCUGCUUUGCUUGAUUUCUCUUUCCAUCUGACAAUUGGCAACAUGGACGAAGCACAUCGGGCUGUUCGCUGUAUUGAAUCCCCUGCGGUCUGGGAAAACAUGGCACACAUGUGCGUGCAGACAAAGCGGUUGGACGUCGCAGAAGUCUGCCUUGGUCACAUGGGACAUGCGCGGGGCGCCGCUGCCGUCCGGAUUGCCAAGGCUGAGAUUGCUGAACUAGAAGCUCGAGUUGCAUCGGUUUGUGUCUGCGAGAGAAACAUUUUGGGGCGCAAUAACAUUUUGAGCUGCAGUUGUCUUUAGGUUGCGGUUCAACUGGGGCUUCGCAAUGAUGCUGCACGGCUUUAUCGUGAGUGCCGACGCUUCGAUCUCUUGAAUGAAUUGUACCAAGCAGCCGGUGAAUGGGAACUUGCUCUUGAUUUGGCAUCGUACUCAGACCGCAUUCACCUUCGUUCAACUCACCAUCGCUACGCACUGCAUCUUGAGGCACUGGGGUCGUACGACAACGCUGCUAGACACUUCGAGCUAGCCAACACCCAUCGACGUGAGGUACCUCGUAUGUUAGUCACUAGAGGUGAGCAAGCGGCACUGGAACGGUACAUCAUGCGGGCUAAGGACACUGAGCUAAUGAGGUGGUGGGCUGGCUACUGUGAGUCCUUGGGGCACAUUGAUUCAGCGCAGCAUUGCUAUGAAUCAGUUGGUGACUAUUACUCCCUUGUGCGCGUGGCAUGCUUUUCAAACCAGACAAAUCAUGCAGUAGAAAUUAUUGGUCAAUCAUUUUCAGCAGCUGGCGCAUACCAUCUUGCUCGCCACUUCGAGGGUUGCGGUGAUAUCAAUAAGGCGAUACAUUAUUUUGCUAAGUCUGGUUGCUAUAACCACGCAAUUCGUCUGGCACGUCAAUAUCAACUAGACGUUAACCUUUUGCAAUUCUCCAUAGAGGCUUGUCCAAGCCUUCAAGUUGAUUGUGCUCUCUAUUUUGAGCGAAAAGGUGAGUUUGAGAAAGCUGUCCACCUCUACCAGAAAGGCGGUGAACUUGCAAAAGCACUCGACCUCUGCUUCAAAGUAGGUAGUGCUGGACGCACGGAAAUGUUUGAAGUUCUCUCCACUAUCUCUAGAGAACUAGACAACUCGGCUCCACCCAAUGUGGUAGCGCGCUGCGCUGAAUUCUUUGUCGAGCACGGUCAGUACGAGCAGGCUGUCAGGCUGUAUAUCAGGGGUGGGAAAUAUAAGCAGGCAAUCAUGCUCUGCUGUGAACACCAUGUCACAAUUACGGAGGAGCUUGCCGAUGCAAUGACUCCCCCAAAGAUAGAAAAAUACCGAGAUCAUGAUGAUAGUAGUGGUAAAGGUGAGCAGUAUUCAUUAAUCUCACACAAGGCCCCAGCAAUAAGCCAUGAUGAGCGUGUAGAGCUGAUUCUUGAUCUUGCACGUGUGUGUAAGAAGCAAAACUCCUAUCAACUUGCAUGCAAAAAGUUUACCCAGGCUGGUGAUCGUGCUCGCGCUCUAAGAUGUUUGUUGAAAAGCGGAGACACAAAAAAUAUCAUAUAUUACGCUUCUGUGAGUCGGAAUCGUGACAUAUAUAUACUAGCAGCAAAUUAUCUCCAGUCGCUGGACUGGCAAUCGGGCUCGACUGAUGCGGCCGAGCUGACAAAACGAAUUGUUGAGUUCUACACUAAAGCACGUGCACAUGAACCUCUUGCUGCGUUCUACGAUGCCUAUGCGCAGAUGGAAAUAGAUGAGUUUCGCGACUACGAGAAGGCUUUGGAUGCACUAAAAGAGUCAAAACAACAACUCGAGAAAGCCAAAAAAUUGAUUGAUCGGGAAUGCCGCAUUGACGUUCUUGAAUCACGGAUAGCUAUUGUUACUGAUUUUGUCCAAGCCCGAAAGUACGAAAAGUCUGAUCCUCACAAGAUGGCUGAUAUGUGCACUGCCAUCUUGAGCAGGCGAGAGGCGACAACAGUGGGUAUUUGUGUGGCUUCCCCCGAUUGAGCUUCGUAUGCGUUUUAUUAUUGAUAUUUAGGCAAUUCGGAUUGGCGAUGCGUACGCUCUUCUUGUUGAGUAUCAUUUUAAAAAAGGAAAUGCACACGACGCCUUCGAUUUGCUUCAGCAAAUGCGCCAAGGAAACAUUGCCCUGCACCCUUACCUGGAAUCAAAUCUUCUCGAACAAAUCCAUAAAACAGUCGGGGUGGUACUUCUCCCGGAUGAGAAAGGGUAUAUGCCUCCAGCUGAUGAAGGUUUGGUAAAAGAGGAGGUGGGGGAGGUAGAGUAAGACCUCAGGCUCAGACUGCCAGUGGAGGUAGUUACGGUAAAUAAAUAAUUACUAG